AUGACGAUGCUGGACAACACAUUUGCUCGUUCCGAGGGCGGCAUCAGUGACGGCCUCAACAUGUUGGAACGACGUGGUACCGCUGCACUCGGCCUCGGCUGGCUCAUCGCCAUCAUUCUCUGCGGCGGUGUUUCCCUCUUCAUCGUCGUGGGGUUCGCCCUGGCGUGGCGGGCGCAGAAACGGCGCGGUCCGCUGACGAUUACUCGGACGACUGCCUCGCUGCCCUACGAGGCCUCGGGCAUCACGGCGAUACUGCGGCAGCGAGCUUCGACAACGAAGCUGACGAGGCGACGGAUGAAGAUUGUGCGGGAGCGGAGCUGCCUCUCGGACCUGAACGACGACGACGGGACGAUGCUGGGACGGUUCUCGGCGAUCCGCAUCCCCUCACUGCCGGUGCUGCCGUCGCUGCCGUCGCUGCCGAUGCUGCCGUCGUACGGCUCGCUUCGCCGGUAUCACACGAGCAGACGCUCUUACCGCAGAGAUAAGGCCUGGCUCGACGACGAGGAGGCUAUCGAGAUUGGGCGGGUGGUGGCGGCGACGUACAAGCCCAGACCGGGCAGCGGGAGCGGCUGGGCCGGACAGAAGAAUCCGCCGGCGCUGCAGCCGGUGGGACAUAAGGCAAUGAUGCAGGGUGUGGGAGUGAUAGGCCAAGAGCAAAAUCAACGUCAACAACGCUUACCAGACUAUCAACAACACUAUCAACAACAACGGCAGCAGCAGCAGCAGCAAAACUCCACACAGCAGUGGCCUAGUAACAACCACUACGCCAAUCUCUACGAUCAGGAUGAAAAAUCCCGACAUGUCGAAGAAGAGCAAUCCAUGCCGAAGAAGCCCAGCGCCGUAUACAGCGGAGACGGGGCCGCCGCCGCCCCGGCAAAGGGAGGAUUCACCCGCCCCGCCGGCGCCGUCUUAGCCCGGCAUCCCACGUGCACCGACUCAGACCUGCGGACCAUCCUGCGCUCCACGGAGCAGCGACUGCGUGACGGCGACCGCAACCGCAGCCGCUCGCCGGAGAAGAUUGCUACGCCGCAAGACUCACCGACGAAGACACCGCGCAGUGUGCGCUCCCAACAGCAGCAUCACCAGCCGCACAGUGGCAGCCCAACGCGCAUCCCCGGCAGCGCCAGCGGCGGCAUGGGCGCGCGCGACGGCUCGGCCACGUCGAUCAGCAGCGCGGCCAACAGCCUCAUCGCCCACGCCACGGAGGAGCUCGAGCUGCCAGGCGGUAUGGGUAGCCCCAGCCGUCUACGCGGGCGCGAGUGGCUGCCAGGCGACGAUGCCAUCCUUCAGCUCACGACGCCGGGGCUGCAGCAGGAAGACGACGAGGUUGAGGCGGCGUACAUUGCCCAUCGCGACAGUGCGCAGAGCGAAUACCAGAAGAAGAUCCAGCAGUACCAGCAGCAGCUUCAGCUGUAUCAGCAGCAACAGCAGCAACAGCAGCAGUAUGCCAACUCUCAGCGAAGCCCGCAGAGGAGCCCCCAGCGUGAGCGUGAGCAGAGACGCAGGUCUGUCGACAGCGACGCCUCGUCCAGCCUGUCCACGCUGUAUAGCGUGGGUGACGAGGUGGACGACGCCUCCAUCCAGGCCGUCGUCGAAGGGCCGGAUGAUGCUUUCGUCGAGCGAAACGGCGUUUCAGAGCUGGCGCCCCUUCGGCGCACCAUGACGGUCAGCUCGGACACACUCGCGCGCCACAUUGACCACGACACCAUGCCCCCUCUCUACUGUAUCCCGCCGCGCAAGCAGUCGCUGUCGCAGCAGAAACAGCAUAGCUACCACCGGAUGCACAAAUCGCUGGACGGGCCACGCUUCGCCGGCGCCUUGCAGCCGCCAUUGCGUGACAGGGCGGAGGAGAUUGUCCGCCCCAAGUCGGCCACGAUGGCCUCGCCACAGCUAUCCCUAUCCGAGUCGAGUUACACCGACAUGUCGGUCGACUCAACAACCAUGAGUCUCUCCAGCGAUGGAACCAUUACGGGCGAGACUGGCGAGACCGAGGUGGAGGCGCUCGAAAUGGUGGAGGAGAUGACGACGCCGGUCAAGCAUGACCGCCGCCGUGACUCGGAUGUUUCUUCCUCGCCAUUUAGCGAAGCGGACAUUGUCAACAUGAUCAUUGCCGCACAGUCCCCGAAGAGGCAGACGACUACGAAGCGCGCGCUACCAGUGCCGCCCAUCCUGAUGCCACCCGCAGAUGGCUCGAUCACGCCGACGCCACUAUCGCCGCCGCCCAAGAGCGUCGCCCGCACCGCGUCGAUGCGCAACGCGGCUGUUGCCCGCCAGCUGUCCGUCACCUCCUCGUACUACAGCAACAAUGAUGGUAACGGCAACAAAAACACCAGCAAUAACAACAACAGCAUCAACCGUAACAACGGAUCCGUGUCACGCGGCCCCCUUGCCAAUCUGUCUGUGGCCACCUCAGUCGCAGAGCUGCGCCGCAUGAACUCUCUCAUCAGCAUCGCGAGCAACCACUCCCUCACAUCGAUCACCGCCGCUGCGAGCGUCGAGUCGAUGGUCGAGCCCCUGCGCACUGGCCUGUCCGACACCACCCACCUGCACGGUCCGCGCAUGGGCAACCGCCAGUACCUCAACGUCGGUAGCCCCAGCAGGCUGGACGCGGUCGGUGGCGUCCGGAAGACUGUCGUCCGACCGGGCGGUCCGCGCCCGAAAAAGAGCGGCCCCGCGCGCUCCAACACGACGACGGCGGCGGCGGCGGCGCCGGAGCGACCGGCCAAGAACCCGCGCCGCAGCCUGGGAAACGUCCGCGCGCCACCGGCACUGCUCGCGUCCCCGGAGAAGGAGUCGCAGGACAGCGGCAAGGAGAAUGCCGGGCUGGGCAUCUCGCACGUGCAGGAGAGGAGGUACGAGCCCUACGUGCCGCCGGUGAAGAGCAUGAGGAACCCGAUGGUGGCGGAGCUGGUGGCGGCUGCGGAGCGCCGUGGGGACGGCAAGCGCGGCAGCGUGGAUAGCCUGGGGCUGUAUGACAAGGACGGCUUCUUGCUGCCGUCGCCGGAGAGGGAGAUGCAUAAGAAGCUGCUGCGCAUGUAA